UUUUCAGUGCCAAAAAAGGUCUGGAAAGAGGUGGGCACUCAGAUGCUUUAUUAACUACUCUAGGUAUUAUUCUAACACUUUAGAUGUCUAUUAAAUUAUCCCAACAUAUUAGAUUUGCUGACUUGCUGUCCAUAUUUCGUAGAUGUGAUAGCUGAAGCACGGAAUCAUUAGGUAACUUACCCAAAGUGGCAUUAAUGACUCAUAAAUGGCUUAGGAUGUAAACUCAGGUUCAAGACCUGGGACGCCCUCUCUGCUCUUCAGCACUUGACGUUCAGGCAGCAGAGAGAGCUGACGUGGAGCCAGGGCUGGGCUCCUGGGGCGGGUUGAAGACAGGGUAAGCAUCUUGAUAUCCUGGAAAUCAUCGCGCACCCAGUCACCAGCAUUCAGGAGCCUGUCGCAGCGGGACGGACGGAAUCCGGAGCAGGCGACAGGGCGCAGAAGCGGAAUGUAUUUCUGUUGGGACACCGACUCCAGGGAGCUGCAGCGCCCGAGGACGGAGCGCAGCCCCAGGGCUGAGCUACUGCAGGCGGCCAGCGGGGAGCGACACUCUCUGCUGUUGCUGACCAACCACAGGGUCCUCUCGUGCGGAGACAACAGCAGGGGCCAGCUGGGCCGCAGGGGCUCGCCGCGCGGGGAGUGGCCAGAACCAAUUCAGGCAUUGGAAACCCUAAAUGUUGAUCUUGUGAGCUGCGGGAAGGAGCACUCCCUGGCUGUGUGCCACAAAGGAAGGGUCUUCGCAUGGGGAGCUGGUUCUGAAGGGCAGCUGGGGAUUGGAGAAUUCAAGGAAAUAAGUUUCACACCUAAGAAAAUAACGACUCUGAAUGGUAUAAAAAUAAUACAAGUUUCCUGUGGACACUGCCACUCCCUGGCAUUAUCAAAAGAUAGCCAAGUGUUUUCAUGGGGAAAGAACAGCCAUGGGCAGCUGGGCUUGGGGAAGGAGGUCCCCUCCCAAGCCAGCCCGCAGAGAGUGAGGUCCCUGGAGGGGAUCCCACUGGCUCAGGUGGCUGCCGGAGGGGCUCACAGCUUUGCCCUGUCUCUCUGUGGGACUUCGUUUGGCUGGGGAAGUAACAGUGCAGGGCAGCUGGCCCUCGGUGGGCGUAAUGUCCCAGUGCAAAGCAACAAGCCUCUCUCAAUUGGUGCACUGAAGAAUCUAGGUGUGAUUUAUAUCAGCUGUGGUGAUGAGCACACUGCGGUGCUUAUCCAGGAUGGGAAAGUGUUCACAUUUGGAGACAAUAGCUCUGGACAGCUGGGAUACAGCCCCACUCCUGAGAAGAGAGGUCCACAACUUGUGGAAAGAAUUGAUGGCCUAGUUUCGCAGAUAGAUUGUGGAAGGUCAUGGAUUUAUGACUUUCUUUUAGACCUUGUGGAUGUUCAAGUCAAACACAUUUUUGCUGGAACAUAUGCCAACUUUGUGACAACUCAUCAGGAUACUAGUUCCACAAGUGCUCCCAGGAAAACCCUGCCAGAAAUAAGCCGAAUUAGCCAGUCCAUGGCAGAAAAAUGGAUAGCAGUGAAAAGAAGUACUGAAUGUGACGUGGCUAAAAGUGAAAUUAGAAUGAUAUUUUCAUCUCCUGCUUGUCUGACGGCGAGUUUUUUAAAGAAAAGAGGAACUGGAGAAACAACUUCCAUUGAUGUGGACUUAGAAAUGGCAAGAGAUACCUUCAAGAAGUUAACAGAAAAGGAAUGGAUUUCUUCCAUGAUAACUACAUGUCUCGAGGAUGAUCUGCUCAGAGCUCUUCCAUGCCGUUCUCCACACCAAGAAGCUUUAUCAGUUUUCCUCCUGCUCCCAGAAUGUCCUGUGAUGCAUGAUUCUAAGAACUGGAAGAACCUGGUGGUUCCAUUUGCAAAGGCUGUGUGUGAAAUGAGUAAACAAUCUUUACAAGUCCUAAAGAAGUGUUGGGCAUUUUUGCAAGAAUCUUCUCUGAACCCACUGAUCCAGAUGCUUAAAGCAGCCAUCAUCUCUCAGCUACUUCAUUGGACUGAAACCGAACAGGAUCACUGUAAUGUUAAAGCUCUUUUAGGAAUGUUGAAAGAACUGCAUAAGGUAAACAAAGCUAACUGUCGACUACCAGAAAAUACUUUCAACAUAAAUGAACUCUCCGACUUAUUAAACUUUUAUACAGAUAGAAGAAGACAGCUCUUUCGGGAUAACCACAUGAUGUCUGCAGAAACCCCCAGUCCUGUUAUUUUCAGUGAUUUUCCAUUUAUCUUUAAUUCGCUAUCCAAAAUAAAAUUAUUGCAAGCUGAUUCGUGUAUAAAGAUGUGGAUGUCAGAAGAGAAAGCAUACAUGCUUAGGCAUGCAACAAUUCUGCAAAGAAAGGAUGAAUUUCCUCCAUCACCCAGAUUUAUACUUAGAGUCAGACGAAGUCGCCUGGUUAAAGAUGCUCUGCGUCAAUUAAGUCAAGCUGAAGCCACUGACUUCCACAAAGUAUUAGUGGUUGAAUUUAUUGAAGAAAUUCAUCCUGAGUCUGGAGGGGUUAGUUCAGAGUUCUUCCACUGUAUGUUUGAAGAGAUGACCAAGCCAGAAUAUGGAAUGUUCAUGUAUCCUGAAAUGGGUUCCUGCAUGUGGUUUCCUGCCAAGCCUAAACUUGAGAAAAAAAGAUAUUUCCUCUUUGGAAUGCUGUGUGGACUCUCCUUAUUCAAUUUAAAUGUUGCUAACCUUCCUUUCCCACUGGCUCUGUAUAAAAAACUUCUGGACCAAAAGCCAUCAUUGGAAGAUUUAAAAGAACUCAGUCCUCGGUUGGGGAAGAGUUUGCAAGAAGUUCUAAAUGAUGAUGCUGAUGACAUUGGAGAUGCGCUCUGCAUAUGCUUUUCUAUACACUGGGACCAAAAUGAUGUUGACUUAAUUCCAAAUGGGAUCUCUAUACCUGUGGACCAAACCAACAAGAAAGACUAUGUUUCUAAGUAUAUUGAUUACAUUUUCAACGUCUCUGUAAAAGCAGUUUAUGAGGAAUUUCAGAGAGGAUUUUAUAGAGUCUGUGAGAAGGAGAUACUUAGACAUUUCUACCCCGAGGAACUAAUGACAGCAAUCAUUGGAAAUACUGAUUAUGACUGGAAACAAUUUGAACAGAAUUCAAAGUAUGAGCAAGGAUACCAAAAAUCACAUCCUACUAUACGGUUGUUUUGGAAGGCUUUCCACAAACUAACCUUGGAUGAAAAGAAAAAAUUCCUCUUGUUUCUUACAGGAUGUGAUAGGCUGCAUGCAAGAGGCAUACAGAAAAUGGAAAUAGUAUUUCGCUGUCCUCAAACUUUCAGUGAAAGAGAUCACCCAACAUCAAUAACGUGUCAUUAUAUCCUCUACCUCCCUAAGUAUUCUACAAUGGAAAGAAUGGAGGAAGCACUUCAAGUAGCCAUCAACAACAAUAGAGGAUUUGUCUCACCCAUGCACACAUACUCAUAAUCACCUCUGAGAGACUCAGGGUGGGCUUUCUCACGCUUGGAUCCUUCUGUUCUUCCUUACACCUAAAUAAUACAAGAGGUUAAUGAAUAGUGGUUAGAAGUAGUUGAGGGAGAGGUUGGGGGAAUGGGGAGAUGAUGAUGAUGGUCAAAGGGCACAAAAUCUCACACAAGACUGAGGCAGGAGAAUAGGGUCCAGAGAUAGGGAUCUAAGGAUGACCUGGACAUACUCCCUGGCACUGAAGAGUCUGAACACUGGCCUAUGAUUGGUCCAUUCCAGGACCUUCAUUUGCAUAAGGCAUCAAACCACAUCAGUCUCUGAUUGGCCACGGGCCAAAUCUGCACUCCAGCCAAUGAUUGGUUCAUUCCAGGACAUUCAUUUGCAUAAGGAGUCAAACCACACCAGUCUUGGAUUGGCUGUGAACCAAUUCACCUCAGCCGCUAAUUGGCUGUGAGCCAGUCUUUCAUUUACAUAGGGUGUAACCAUCAAGAAACCUCUACAGGGUACUUAAGCCCCAGAAGAUUUUGCUACUAGGGCUCUUGAGCGACUUGCUCGAGCCCACUCCCACCCUGUGUAAUACACUUUCACUUUUGCUCCUUCACUGCCUUGUGCUCCAAUAAAUCCAUUCCUUCACCACCUGUU